GAGAGUUUUCACCGAAAGAAGAAGAAGAAAAUGCUAGGGGAUGGCGCCCAAACCCCUAGUCGAUCUGAGUUGCUAUGUAUGGUGAAGAAGAAUUCAAAUAUGUUAGGGAAAACCAUAGUGGAAGAUGAAGAAGCAUCGGAUGUUGAAACAGAUCCACGUUUCUGGCAUGGCGUUAUGGAUGUGUACUUCAUUCGUGGCAGGGAGUCUAGGGGGCGUCAGGAAGAUGAUCUUGUAUUCUUUGUUAAAAAAUUGCAUUUGCAGAAACAUGGAUCAAAUGAAGAUGAAUCUGCAAACUCUCCAUACUUUGUACGCAGGUGGGCACCUAAGCUGGAUGACUUAAUUGGUGCAAGUGCAUCAGAUGUUGAUUGGAGGCGCUCCUUUUACUUGAACUUAAUUGCUCAAACUUCUUUUAGUGUGACGGUUGCAAUUUGCAGUCAACAGGUUCUUAAAAAUUACCAGACUGGAAAAGACGGACCAUUGUCUCCUAUAUACAAGGUUGUCAAAACUGUCUAUGCAUCUCCAAGUCGUAUCAAUUUUCACUUGGACUCAAGAAAGGCAAUAGAAACAACCUCUGCCUACCCAGAGAUAUGUUUCGCAGUUGAUGACUAUGAUUCCACUUUUGAUGCAGUGGUCUUAACAGAUGUUGAUCACUGCUAUUGUGUACUUUUAAAUGCACAUGAUGGAGCUGCAUUUCCAAGGGAGAGAAUACAACAAGACUGCAGUCCUGGUGAUACUUCAAGGAGUGAUACACGUUCUGGAAAAGUACCAACUUCAAAGAUUACUCUUUUCUCCGGCUUCGUUAGCUAUCAAAUGGUCCGAGAUGCAUAUGAUGCUGGAAGAUCUGGAUUUGGGAGCCUUCUCUCACUUCAUUCUGCUGGGAAAACUGACAGGAUUUACAUGAAAGGCCCUGGAGGACGUGGGGAAGUUGAAGUAGCUGUGUCUGGUGUUGUAGAUCAAAGCAAGAAGGACUUCACCCAAAAUUCUGUAGAUCACGAAUCUAAAAAAGGAUUAAGCUUCAGUGCAGUUGUGCGACGAGCUGCAUCAGUUGCGUCAGAGGCAGCAAAGCAUGCAUACGCUGCUGCUUCUGCUACCCGAGAUGAAGGAAUGAUCCCCUUAAAGUGCUGCUUGAUGUCUAUAUCAUUACCUUGGGAACAUAUUGCUCAUGAUCUUUUGUUCAAGGGAAGUCCUCCCGUUAACCUGUAAGAAUCUCGUGGAUUUCAAAGAGGACCAUAUGAUCUCUUCAGCAAACUGAAUAGAGUAAUAGGACUUGGAAGUUUCUUACUCCAGCGAUGGAAAAGACUAAAGAGCAUUACUGGAAGGUGAGAUGGCUGCUCCAUUAUGAAACAGAAAAAAUGGUGAUAAUAUGUAUAUAAGUUGCCAAUCCCUAUCCCCUCACAAUGCAUCAUAGCUGGUACAAGGGCAAAGGUAGAAGUCCAAAUGCUGGUUCGGCCAAACCAAAUAGCUUUUGUUUAGACUGUGUAUUUGUGUUUAGAAAUUCAUUAAGUAUGUACACAUAUUAAAUUUAGAACCAUUUAUUAGCAUUUAAAGUCUUCGUUCUAAAUUCCAAAAUCCAUAAAGUUGAAAUCCUGGCUCCGCCUCUGAGUUAGUAGAUAUCCGGCUAGCUCUUGUGUUGAAUUGGCAUGUUAGUUGCUAUCUAUUUGGUUCAAUAUAGACAAAUCCUUUUAGUUUGGCUA